GCUUGGCCUGGUCUGAAAGUUUCUUUUUUUUGAAAAAAAGCCCUUAUUUGGGGUUCGGGGAAUAAGUCAGAACCGCGGAAAAUGUAUGCUGGUUUAUCACUCUUCUGGGGCCAGAUAUUCUUCGUGCACUAGUUUUCUCAUCUGCAAAAUGGGGGUGAGCAUAGCACCUGUCUUCUAAGAUUAUGGAAAGUGGAUUUAUAUAUGAAACUCUUGCAGAAUUUCCACAUCCAUCAGUCAACAGGGAAAAACCUGAAGCGAUGCAAGCAGGAAAAAGAAACUAAGCCAGGUCAUUUCCCCUUUCUGCAACUCUGAGCGGCUUCCCCGGCGUGAGAGUGCGGGGAUUCAACUGUGACCUGCAGAAGGAAGCACCUCCGGGGACUUCAGGGACGUCGCGCAAGGCCUGCAGAGCGAUGCGACAGGCAUGAUGGAGGUCGAGUCCUCCUACUCGGAUUUCAUCUCCUGUGACCGCACAGGCCGUCGGAACGCCGUGGCUGACAUUCAGGGGGACUCAGAGGCUGUGAGCGUGCGGAAGCUGGCUGGAGACAUGGGCGAGCUGGCACUGGAGGGGGCGGAAGGACAGACGGAGGCGGGCACUGCAGACAAGGAAGCUGGCAACCAGCCCAAGAGCAGCGACGGGACCACCUCGUCUUGAGCAUGACCUUGCCCGAGGAGGCUGGAAGAGACCUGCUGUCCCCACCUGGAUCGGGGGAGCCCUGGCACUGGCCCGGCAGCCUCCUCUCUGAGCCCCAUGUCCCAGGCAAGCAGGCCACCCCCACAGGCUUCCCGCUCCCACCAUCUCCUCACCGUGCCUGAGCACCCUCUCAAGACACUGUAAACCAGGAUGUUAUUUAUUCAGCAGGCGCCGGAAUGCAGGGUCUGGGCCCUGCCCACCUCGGGGAGCAGCUCCCCAAGCGCCCUUCUGACACGGGGUCUGGGCAGGGACCACGGUCCAGCCCGGCCCCUCCUCCCUACUCCCAACCUGCUGGGUUAAGAUCUUAUCCCUUUUUUUAAAAAAAACAAUUUUAACUUUUUAAAAACUUUAGAUCUUUUUCAGCAGAGGGAGGGAAGUGGACAAUCAAUUCGCCUUUUUCUGGAAGCCAUUGUAAGCUGAACUCCAACAUAUCUCUAUGCAGCUCUGAGGGUCCCUCAUGGAGCUUCACAGAUCAGAUCCAUUUCUCGGGAAGGAUUUUGUUCUCAAAACUAUCUGAUCUACUCUGUCCUUUCUACCAAGAGAAGUGACACCCAGGACCCAGGAAAUAAAUGCUGAUGAUUUGUGCGACUGGCUUAGAGGAUUAUUCCCCCUUGAAGU